CACUCUGGUUGGUGAGGUCCAUUAAUAGACGGUUCCGUGAUGUGAUUCUUCUCGAAGGCCAUUUAGAAGACCGCGUGGUUUCGGUUGUUGCGACUCAAACCAUGGCAUUGGUAUCGACUGAUUCUACCGGCAGUCGCCGACCUGUCAGUGUCACUUCGCCGGAUGAACAUUCCCGAUCAACGGCGAAGUCUGUGAUGUCCGAUCACUCUUCGUCCACACAGGUGUCUUCGUCCACGCCAAAUUAGCGCUUUGCUGCAAGGGAAUGCUUGGAAAUUUCAAUGGAUACAGGGAGGAUAACAAGAACACCCAAAAUCAUUGAUAAUUGUCUGACUUGCUACUUCACACAUACUGAAUACUCGGCAAAGAUGGUGGUCAAAUGCCUGAUUUCCGAUCUAGGGCCUAGGCCAAGCAGAUUACUUCAGCGAGGGUGUCCAUCGAUCACCUUGAGAUUAGACGUAACGACCAACUUUGGAGUGCGAGUUUUCGCGUGUUGCACCGAUGCCAAUGUUCACGGUGGAUCGAAGAAGACAUCGUGCUCCACUCUCCAACGCGGGAAUCAGCGCCCCAGCUGGGUGAAUUCGUCAUCCGUGGAGUCCUUGGAGCGUUGCAGGGGGAGUUGUUGCCAGGCCCUAAGAACCCUGUUUGGGUCGAAGCACGGGCACAGGCGGUGACAGCUUCGGCUUGCUACAACUCUUGGUGGUGAGACUUGGCAACGCGUCGUCAGGCGAGAAUCCACUGCUCUGGGUUUGCUCGAGGUCACGCACCUCGACUCGCGCACUGUGCCUUCAGACUUCCCGCGGCGCACAAUAAGAUGAAUUAUUCGGGGACUGCAGAAGGCUGCGGAACGGACUUCUCACCGGCGAAGUGGUUGCUAACAGAUUUUCUUUCUAGAUUUGGGGUUGCCUGGGAAGUAGAGAAACCAUCAGCCAAGUCGGCCGAUGUUUGCCAAUGAGGAAUCAACGAUCUCCGAUCAUGAUGGAUUCUGGGGUGCGUUGGGUGUAUAUAAAGUGCGACGACACGGGAAUGAUAGCAUUGUGGUCUGGUCUUUUGCCCUUUCAUUACAUCCUUUUCCUUCAGCCUGUGGUUGUCGGACUUUCUUCAUCUUCAUCGUCGCUUGUGCCGCGUUCUGUAACUGCCUUCACCGACUUUCCUGUGCAGCGCACACAUUCGCAUCCUUUCAUCGACACUUUACCCAACACUCUCCUUCGUUCGCGUUCGCCAUGCGUUUCUCUGUCGCAGCGCUUCCUCUUAUUGCUUCCCUUGCGGGAUCCGUCAUCGCGGCGCCUGUGAGCCUACACUUUGGCCGGGCUCUGACUAGCUCGACAACAUUCGACCAGGCUGCUAAGGAUAGUUCUACCGCCGCCGUCGGAACCCUUACCGGGGCCACCGUCGGCAGCAACAGCACUGCUGCUGCUACGGACAACUCCACUGCUGCUGCUGCUGCGGACAACUCCACUGCCGCUGCUGCCUCUGCCGCCAACUCGACUGUGUCUGCCUCCAACGCCACGACAUCCGCUGUCGACAACUCGGCCUCCAACUCGACUGCUGCUGCGGCUACAGACUCCGCUGCGGCUGCUGCAGCGACCGACUCUUCUGCGGCCGCCGCUGCUUCCGGCAACAGCACGCAAGCUUCUGCUGCUUCCGGCAAAGCCACAGCCAAAGGCAAGGGAGCCAAGGCUAAAGGCGCCAAGAAGGGCAAGGGCACCAAGAAGACCAAGGGUGGCAAGAAGGGCAAGAUGGCUAGCAAGAAGAAGGGUAGCAAGGCUGCCAACAAGAACAAGGGCGCCAACAACAACAACAAUGGCGGCGCCGCGGCCGCUGCUGCUUCCAACAACACCGCCGCUGCCGCUGCUGCCACGGACUCUGCGGCCGCCGCUGCGUCGAACGCCACCGCCGCCGCUGCCUCCAGCGCCACGGCUGCCGCCUCCAACGCCACUGCUGCUGCCACCGACUCCGCUGCCGCUGCCGCUGCAACGGAUUCCUCUGCUGCCGCUGCCACUGACUCGUCCGCAGCAGCUGCCACCGACUCUGCGGCGGCGGCCGCGACCGACUCAGCUGCUGCCGCCGCUGCCACCGACUCUGCUGCCGCUGCCGCUGCAACGGAUUCCUCUGCUGCCGCUGCCACUGACUCGUCCGCAGCAGCUGCCACCGACUCUGCGGCGGCGGCCGCGACCGACUCAGCUGCUGCCGCCGCUGCCACCGACUCUGCUGCCGCCGCUGCCACUGACUCCUCUGCGGCCGCUGCUACGGACUCUUCCGCGGCUGCUGCUACGGACUCUGCUGCAGCUGCCGCCGCCACCGAUUCAUCCGCUGCCGCCGCCACUGACGCUUCCGCUGCUGCUGCCACCGACUCCGCUGCUGCCGCUGCCUCUACCGACGCGGCUGAUGCUUCCGCUGCCGAUGCUGCCACUGCCGCAGCUUUGUCCGGUGCCUCGAGCGCGAGCGACCCUGCCGAUGCCUCUGCUUCCCGCCGCAUGCUCCGUUUCCGCCGCACUAACGCUGGUGCCGACGUUGAGGGCAACUUCGACGGCGAUGUCCAGCAGCGUGCCAACUCCGGUGCCGACGUCGAGGGCAACUUCGACGGUGAUGUCCAGCAGCGCUCCUCCAGCCGUUUCAUCGCGCGCAACCGUCUCCAACUUUGAGUGUUUUCCUCGUAGAAAGGGCGAGAUCCUGGAUUGGCUUUCACAUGGACCAUUUGCUAGCCACUUCGACGCCUGUAUUAUGACAGUUGGCUUGUAAUCACUGGACAAAUUCAGACCCAAUUAUCAAACGUCUGAAGCUGCC